UAGGUCGCUGUUCUUCCCAAGGACGUCACCGAGACCGGUCGGUGGGGUCCGAGUGCCCGGGCUGGGGGCGGGGCUGGGAGAUGGCGUCCCGAGCGGCUCGUUGGCUGGCUUUGGCCACCGUCCGAUCCCGGGCUCUCCGGAGCGGGCCGAGCUUGAAGAAAGGUGGUGAUGUCUCCGCCGUACGAGGCGGCUCAGGUCGGAGCCUAGUACCGUCGAGGUCAGUCAUCGUAACCCGCAGCGGCGCCAUUUUGCCCAAACCGGUGAAAAUGUCCUUCGGCCUUCUCCGGGUGUUCUCCAUUGUGAUCCCCUUCCUCUAUGUUGGGACACUCAUUAGCAAGAACUUUGCUGCUCUGCUUGAGGAGCAUGACAUUUUUGUCCCGGAGGAUGAUGAUGAUGACGACUAAACAGGGCAUGGAGGAAGUACAGAAAGGAGAAAACACUAAGCAAUGGUGAUGCUCUCAGCUUCUCUUCCUUCCCUCUCAGCAGAAGGACCCAGGGAAAGCCCUCAGCCUCCCUCACUCCAUGAGGCCUCUUGCAUGGUUCAUGACCAUCGCCCAGAUCCCCACGCUCUGGGAGGUUUUCUGCAAAGUGCUGUGCACUGAGUGCUGGAAAACAAGCAGUCCAGUUAUGAAUAAACAUGAUAAACCUCAGCUGUGUUCUGUACUACUGAACGAUAGGCACUUAGGAGUAUUUCUGUGGCUGAAGCUUCCCAAUGUGAGCAGGCUCUAGACGCCAGUUUCUUGUCUCUGCUGUCCUUUCUCUAUGAGCUGAACAUAUGGGCCACUGAUUCACAACCCAGCCUCUCCAAACCCCUAUGGGGCAGAUCAGGAGUGGGUUAACCUGUAAGCACGGUAUACACAGGGUUACUUGUGUUUACUUACUAAUCUGUAGUGAACAAUUUCAGUGAAAACCAGGUGAAGUGUUGCACUACAGAUAAGUAAGCACAAGUAAGCCUCUGUGUACCUGGCUUAUUGGGUGAUCCGUCCCGGGGUCAGAUCCACAAAGGUAAUUAUGGGGCCUGGGACUUAUUAUUUGCAAAAGCCCAACAGAAAUUGUUUCUUUUCCCUCAGAAAAGCUGCACGGGUUAACUAAAACCUCAAGCUUUCUUUGUGUUCAGUGACACUGGCUGGUUAUCACGUUAGUCAUCCCGAGCUUUGGUUGUUAGUUUAAAACUACUUAAGAACUGUCAUUAUUAGAAUGAUUCUUUCAAAACUUGGGUUCCUUACGUGAAAAGACAGUAAAACAGGAGUCCUUUGUUCUGAAAUGUUGGGGACUUUGGCACUUGUAGAUACUGUAGCCCUUUCUCCAGCAUCGGGACUGUCUAGGAAAGAGAACUCAUCCAAACCAAACAGGUCAUUUCUUUAACCUAGGUCAACAAACAUUUAUUCUCGUGUCGCACACCAGGGUUUGCAAAAACAGGAGGAAGGUUUCUGUUGUCUGUGUGCACACAACAGCUGUGUCCCUAGCAGGGUGCCUAACUGGGAAGUGAAUUUUAUUUUAAGAACUGGUGCUUGUUGCAAGUAGAGGAGCCAGGCCUGAGCAGCCAUAUUCCUCAGAGCCCAGGGAAAAUCGCCCAGCUUGUUGCCUCUGCUGCUGUGCCUCUUAGUGCUGCCCUGAUCCCUCUCUGACAGCAAGAGCUGGCUAAUUUUGGAUAAUCCGUGCCCUGACACCAAGCUAUCCAAUCCUGGAGGCUGUAGAAACACAGCUAAAUUAACCAAGUCAUCCAGCCUCAUACCCAGAAUGACGGUUUCUGAGCAGAUGGCCUUAUCCUUUCCUGUUUAUCAACAUGCAAGGCUCUGAGAAAAAGGAUCCGAUCUAGUUUACAGGAAACAUCACACUUCAGGAAAAGGGAAAGAACAGGUGGUGUGUACACCAAGACC